CUGGAACAAAUUGAUAAACUAAGGAGCAAUAAGUCAUCCGGAUGAGAGGGCACACACCCAAGAGGAAGAAUCAAGUGGCUGGGAGGCUAAUGAGUAUGCAAUUGCUCAUUAAAAUUUGCUAUUAUACUAGAGGGCACCACUCUUUCAAAAAUAGUACUAAGGGAGAUAUAAGGAAUUAGAAAUUGGGAAAUCUCACUUCAGUCCCAGCAUGUCAACAGAAGUAAUAAAGAAGAAGCAGAUGGCGUAAUAUAUUUGGACCUUCAAAAAGCCUGUGACAAAGUCUCUCGCGGAAGACUCUUAAAAUAACUAAAGUGUCCAAGGUUUCAUUUCUGUCUGUUUCCAAGGACAAGAGGAUGGCUGCCACUCUAGGACUUAUUUCCAUGCUUUGUUGUGUCAUGUUAUUUCCUAGGUUACAUGCUGUCAUUUUGUAUACAGAGUCAAACUCAUCAUCCUCACCCAUUGCCAACUUGACGCUGAAUCCCGAAAAACUAAAGCUGACCUGGGACAGCAGUGUCACUGUUACUGAAUACACCUGUUCUAUGAGAGUAGGCACGAGAGCAGUACGGAAAACGGUGUACAAUAAAACCUGCAUGUUUAGCAUAAGCCAAGCUAAGCCUAUACAUAAAGGGGCAUUAUUUCAAGUUCAAGCAACGUACAACCACACUUUAUAUUCAGGAGAAGGCAGAUUCAUUCCUCAAGGCAAGAAUGGAACUUCUGUUGAAAAUUUCUCCUGUGUGAUUUACAACAUUUCCUUCAUGAACUGCACUUGGGAGGCCGGCAGGAAUGCUCCAGAAGAUACCCAAUAUUUUCUUUUCUGGCAAUACUCAAAGGAAGAAGAUGAACAAGAGUGUCCACAUUACGUAAGAGAUGCACCUGGAAGACACAUCGCAUGCAGUUUUCAAGAUGUGAAAGACAUUAAAAAUACAGUUUACUUCCUGGUGAAUGGGUCCAGCAGUGAAUCGGAGAUUCAGUUUUACGAUGAGUACAUCGCACUAUAUGAAAUUGAAAAACUCACUCCUCCAUUAAAUAUCACUGUAAGCUGUUCUGAAGACCGAGCAGAGUGUAUAGUGCAAUGGAAAUGGCCCCAGCUAAGCCACUUGGAAGGAAAUGGAGAUGGCUGCUUUGAGUAUCAAAUUGACAUUCAAAAUAAGAAAACUAAUGCCAAUCCCAAGGAAAGCUGCAAUGAGUGUCCUACGGUAACAGAAACAAGUUACACAUUUCAGAAUUACAAUGGGGAAAAAAAAUACUCCUUGCAAAUCAGAGCAAAAGGAGAUACUUGUCGCAUAAGCCAGAAUUGGGGGGAAUGGAGUGAGCCCAUUGAGUUUGGUACAGAUGGUAACCCAGAUGAUGCAGUUCUUACAUAUGAAACUGUUUUACUCCUCAUAGCACUUGGAACAAUCCUUGUGGCACUGGUAAUAUUUUUUCUCUGCAAAAGAUAUUGCAGUUUGAAAAAAUUGUUUUCUCCAGUUCCACAACCAAAAAACAAAUUUGGUGAACUUUUCCAAAUAUCUGAUAAAAAUAUACAGAGGGAAUGGAUGGAUCUGCCACCCACAAAAUAUGAAACUGAAGAAAUAACUACUGUUGAAGAAAUUAAAUGACUUCUAAAAGCAAAAUGAAGCACUUGGAUUCCCCAACUCAAACAACUACAAAUCGUCAUGGCAAUUUUGUAUGUUUGCACACUUGCUCCCUUUCUCUCCCCUACAAAUGUUGCCUGACACUUCCGUUAUAAUACCCUCUUUCAGUUUCUUAUAACUUUGUCAAAUUUGAAUCACUUGGACAGAAGCUUUUCCAUGCUCCGUGUCUGCUUGAGGGUGAAUAUUCUUGGAGUGUUUAAAAAAAAAAAACAUUUCAGUAAUUUGUUAGAACAACUAAAUGUUAUUUUGCCCAUAUUAAAAGACCUCUUACAACCUUUUCAUUGACAAUCUCUAGUACCUCCCUGCUUUGAAACUGGUGGAAAUUCAGCAGGGGUGUUGCUGUGGUGACAAGAAUGUGCUUUAUUCAUCCUUAAGAAUAUCAACCCAAAUUUGGCGAAGUUAUUAGCCAUUGAAAAAUCAUGGUUCACGCAUGCUAAGUAGAUACUUGUUAAAGUGUUUGGCAGCCAAACUUCUUUAGGUCCUCACAUCAGACCAUGUCUAAAUCUUGGUGAUUCUUUCUGUAUAACAUCUGUAAGAUGCAUCUUUUUCUGUCCAUCCUCACAGCUAAAAUUCUAAUUCAGGCCCUCAUGAUCUUACAACUUUAUUAUUAUUUUUCUCUGGCAUUAAGAAAUGCAACCUUAGAAUAUUAGGGUUGGAAGAGACUUCAGGAGGUCAUCUAGUCCAAUCCUCUGCUCAAAGCAGGACCACCACCACUAAAUCACCACAGCCUAGGCUUUAUCAAGCUGGGCCUUAAAAACCUCUAAGGAUGGAGAUUCCACCACCUCCCUAGGUAACCCAUUCCAGUGCUUCACCACUCGCCUAGUGAAAUAGUGUUUCCUAAUAUCCAACCUAGACCUCCCCCACUGCAACUUGAGACCAUAGCUCCUUGUUCUGCCAUCUGCCACCACUGAGAACAGCCAAGCUCCAUCCUCGUUGGAAUCCCGCUCCAGGUAAUUGAAGGCUGCUAUUAAAUCCCCCCUCACUCGUCUCUUCUGCAGACUAAAAUAACCCCAGUUCCCUCAGCCUCUCCUCGUAAGUCAUGUGCUCCAGCCCCCUAAUUUUUUUCUUUGCCCUCCGCUGGACUCUAUAAUUUGUUCACAUCCCUUCUGUAAUGCUGGGACCAAAACUGGACACAAUACUCCAAGUGUGGCCUCACCAGUGCUGAAUAGAGGGGAAUAAUCACUUCCCUCGAUCUGCUGGCAAUGCUCCUACUAAUAAAGCCCAACAUGCCAUUGGCCUUCUUGGCAACAAGGGCACACUGCUGACUCAUAUCCAGCUUCUCGUCCACUAUAAUCCCCAGGUCCUUUUCUGCAGAACUGCUACUUAGCCAGUUGGUCUCCAGCCUGUAGCAGUGCAUGGGAUUCUUCCUUCCUAAGUGCAGAACUCUGCACUUGUCCUUGUUGAACCUCAUCAGAUUUCUUUUGGCCCAAUCCAAUUUGUCUAGCUCACCUUGGACCCUAUCCCUACCCUCCAGUGUAUCUACCUUUCCCCCCAUCUUAGUGUCAUCUGCAAACUUGCUGAGGGUGCAAUUCAUCCCAUCAUCUGGAUCAUUAAUAAAGAUGGUGAAAAAACCAGCCCCACGACCAAUCCUUGUCCUUGGUUUUUCUCUCGCUUCUAAUUUAUUUGUAAAAUGUUUUCUUGUUACACUUUAUGUCCCUAGUUAGACCAAGGAACAAAAUGAGAUUAAACUUUCUAAUUUUGUCCCUAUAUGCUUGUGUUGGUUUUUUUAAUUGUAAGCCUUCUGACAGUUGGAGACGGCAGCAGCCAGGGGAGGGUUCAAUAUCUAGGGGUUCCUUUUCCACACUACAACACAAAACCAGCUUGAGCCUCCACCCAAUAACAUGGGAUAAUUAGACAUCACCCUUGGUGGCUGAAACCUAAAACUGUGAGGACACCCACCCCAGAGUGCGUGGGGCAGUGUCUUCUCCCUCAUGUCCUACAACCAAAAGUUCCUUUACUAUGCCCCCCUCUGCUCCCUCACCAUAUCCCACUCACAGUAGUUGUCCUUGGUCAUUGAGGACCCAGGGUUCAGAGCUGCAUCUGUGAGUCCAUUUCCCACCCAGUGAAAAAGA